UGUUGUUAAUUUUCUCUGAAAUAUUCGUGUUUUAUUAACCUUUGAAUAAUUCAUUUCUGGUUGGUUUCAUGCCUCGUCUAACUUUCAUUUUCUACCGUUCGCAUUAUCAUGUAUGUGCUGCCUGUAUAUUUUCACCUAUUGGCCACAUGCAGGUUCAAUAAUAGUAAAAUAUGCCUACGAUAAUAACUAAGGCACUAGUCUAUUGAGCACAGCGUGAGACUGGGAACGACAUAACUAUGCACAGACUCCUGAUGAGUUCUAUGGCUAAUGGAGAGUUAUAUCAGAUGAUCAACAGGAUAUGUGAGGACCUGAGCUCAGGUGAGUGCAGGAGGCUCCUGUACCUGUGUGGAUCCCUUGACACUGACAGGUGUGGUUCUGAUCAUGUGAGAGAGGUGUUAAAUUCCUGGCUGAGCAGAGGACAGGUGGAUCAGCUGUACCUGGUGGAACUUCUGUUCAGACUGAGACGCUUUGAUCUCCUGAAGAAAGAGUUUCACAUCAGUAAACAGGAAGUGGAUGGGAUUCUGGGACAGAACCAAGCUUUGUCAGAGUACAGAGUGUUGAUGUCUGAUGUGAGCGAAGACAUGGGGACAGAAGACCUGGAAUCGCUCAAAUUUCUGCUGAGUGGUUCUUUAUCCAGAGAGAGGCUGACCAGAGUUAAGAGUUUCCUGGAUGUCAUAGUUGAACUGGAGAAGCUGGACAGAGUGUCUUCUGAGAGGGUGGAGCUGAUAGAAAAAUGUCUGAGGGACAUCAGCAGGGUUGACCUGGCCAGGAAGGUCAAAGGGUACCGGAACCUGACAUCAGUUGGAACACCACAACAUAGACCAGUGGUGAUGACUCACCAGGCCCAGCAGCAGUGGAUCAGGACUCCAUCCAACCCCAUGCCCACUGCCUCCCCUGUAUCAUGCCAUUCAAGACAAGAGCAGUCCACACAGAACACUCCAGAGAACGAAAACAUUGCAGAGCCUGAAAGAAAAAGGCUGUUCUACCAGAGCCCAGUGGAUGUUUACAGGCUCCAGUCAGACCCACGGGGUGAAUGUCUCAUCAUAGACUGUGUUGGCAGUGAUGGAGACAUGUUGGUGGAGAUGUUCAGCGGGCUCCAAUUCAAGGUGACCCUGGUUAAGUGGCCGAGAGUGUGGGAUACCCUGUCUCUUCUCAGGCAGGCUGCCCAACCGAGGCAGACCCAGGAAGUUGAUGCCUUCGCCUGCUGCAUCAUCAGCCGUGGUACUGCUACCGACCUGCUGGCUACAGACUCUCACAGGCUCGGGGUGCGUCUUGACACGGUCCGACACCUCUUCACCCCUGACUACUGCCCCAGGCUGGCUGGCAAGCCCAAGCUGUUCUUCAUCCAGACCUAUAGUGUGUCAGGCCCCCAGGACUGCUCCUCCAGGCCCACGGGUCACCCUGCUCACAGGGAGGAGGAUCUGGAGACAGACGGGUAUGGGGAACCUCUCAGUGUGGAGACAGUCCCCACCGACGCAGAUGUCUUCUGGAGCCACUGUUGGACAGAUGAGGGUCAGCUGGAGGAGAAGGACCAUCGGUCUGUGUACCUGCAGGCCCUGAGAGAGGCAGUUCAGAGGAGGAGAACACAUCUAGUGGAUGUCCAUACAGAGAUGAACAGGGUGAUCUUCGACCACAACAGAAGGAAUCCAGGAGCCAGAUACAACAUUAAUCUGAGACACACACUCAGGAAGAAUCUCUACAUGUUAUAGAUAGACAUAAUAUAGUUUGCUCUAAUGUAUAACCACUGAGCAGUACUAGAUUCUAUUAUACAGUAUACAACAGCACCCUCUACUGGCAGCUUUUGAUAACCACAACAGCACCCUCUACUGGCAGCUUUGAUAACCACAACAGUACCCUCUCCUGGCAGCUUUGAUAACCACAACAGCACCCUCUACUGGGGACAACUGUCUUGCAUCACAUUGAGCAGCUAGCGAGGAAGUAGUGCAAUCAAAACACAUUCAGUAUUUUAUUACUAUGUAUUUAUUCAAAACAUAUGUUUUUCUUUUUACUGAAGGAUGGAUGAAGGAUUUGAGAAAAUAAUGUGAAUUCAGAUCUGUGCAUUUUAAAAUGUAGCCAAGCCUGAUAAGUAGUAAUAAAACAUAGACCUAAAAUACUUUAUUUAUUCACCUAGAUGGGUUAGGGUUAAUCCUAACCCUAGAUGGGAUAGGAAAGCUAAUUUUCUAUGCAUUUUCAAAACAUAUGACUGGUAUUUCGGGGAAGUUUAUUUGAAAUCCACCAUCACAAUGUUAUAAUGCGAUCGUAAGGAAAAUGGAGUCCCUUGAGAGGGCAAGAACAAGAUGUAUGUCAGAAGAAGUGCAAAAGUAUCAUAAACUUUCGUAUACUUCCGGCGCCGACAGAGAUGGCCGCCUCGCUUCGCGUUCCUAGGAAACUAUGCAGUUUUUUGUUUUUUUACGUGU